UCUACCGGGAAAAGGGGGAGAGAAAUGCCGACCUAAAGAAAAAAAAAAAGGAACAAGUAGCUAGCUAUAGCCUAGCUAGUUUAGUUAGAUGCCCUAGAAUGAGGAAUCAGCUGGGAAUUUGGUGGUUGACAUGAGAAGUGCCUAGCUUGCCUCCCUCCAUCCCUCCCCCCCUCCUUGCUUUGUCUGGUACAGGGUAGUAGCGGUGGUGCUGGUGGUGGUGGCGUCCCUCUCCUCCCACCUAUCAUUCUUCUAAUCUGCAGCAUCGGCAAAGCGUGGUGAGAGCGAGCGAGCUGAGCCAGAAAAGAAGGGGACAGGACGCUGUCUUCCUUUCCAUGGUCUCUUUUCCUCCCAGCGCCCUCCGCUCAUCAGCCAUGCACUCAUCAGCAUCAGCUCCUCCCUCCUCCUCUCCUAGUAGUCCUAGCUCUCCUGUUCCUACCUUGAUAAUUCGCUAAUUCUUCGAUCUGCUUCUGUUCCUCCUCCCUUGUUUACUGCUGCUGCUCCCUUUGCUUUCGUUGCUACUGUUCCAUCUCGUAGGUUUCCUUGUCGUCCCUGGCUGCCACUUGAGUGAUUUGUUAGCAGAUAAGAUUUGAUUGAGGCCUCCGAAAUAAAAAAGAUCCCGCCGCGAGAAAAAGAAAGAGCUUGAGAGGAGAGCUAGCAGUAGCAGUAGCAGGGGAGGGAAAGAAUAACCUAGCUUAAUUAGCAAUCCUGCCGGUGAGAGGAUGGAUCCGGUCACAGCAUCCAUACACGGUCACCAUCUUCCUCCACCAUUCAACACCCGCGACUUCCAUCACCAUCUCCAGCAGCAGCAGCAGCAGCAGCAUCACCAGCUGCAGCUCAAGACCGAGGACGACCAUGGUAGCGGCGGGCCAGGGGUGUUCGGCUCCCGCGGCAACAUCAAGGGCGACCACCACGAGCAUAAUGACGAGAACAGCGGAAACAGCAACGGGAGUGGCGGCGGCGGCGGUGGAGGCGACGAGCUGGCGCUGAUUCCCACGUCUGGUGGCGGCGGGCCAGACGGCGGAGGAGACGGCACCCCGCGCCGCCCGAGGGGCCGGCCGGCGGGGUCCAAGAACAAGCCGAAGCCGCCCAUCAUCAUCACCAGGGACAGCGCCAACACGCUCCGGACGCACGUCAUGGAGGUGGCCGGGGGCUGCGACAUCUCCGAGAGCAUCACGGCGUUCGCGCGCCGCAGGCAGCGCGGGGUCUGCGUCCUCAGCGGCGCCGGCACCGUCACCAACGUCACCCUGCGGCAGCCGGCCUCCCAGGGCGCCGUCGUCGCUCUCCACGGCCGCUUCGAGAUCCUCUCCCUCUCCGGCUCGUUCCUCCCGCCGCCCGCGCCGCCCGAAGCCACGGGCCUCACCGUCUACCUUGCCGGCGGGCAGGGGCAGGUGGUGGGCGGCAGCGUCGUCGGCGCGCUCACGGCGGCUGGGCCGGUGGUGAUAAUGGCAGCGUCUUUCGCCAACGCCGUGUACGAGCGGUUGCCGCUGGAGGAGGAUGACAUGCUCGCUGCACAGGCACAGGCCGACAGUGCAGGAAUUCUCGCGGGUGCGCAGCAAGCGGCGCAGCUCGCCGCCGCCGGCGCUGUGGAUCCAAGCCUCUUCCAGGGACUGCCGCCGAACCUGCUCGGCAACGUGCAGCUGCCGCCAGAAGCAGCCUACGGAUGGAACCCGGGCGCCGCCGGUGGCCGUCCGGCGCCGUUCUAAUAAUUGAUCAGCCCGCACGCAGACGCAGCUUAGAUGGUUAAGUGAUUUAGCUCUCUUCUUCCAUCUUUUACUUGAAUUUGUAUCGUGGAGAUCGAAUUUCCGUCGGAAUUGCAUAUGAUUUCGCAUGUUGAUUAGUAAGUUAUCUUAAUAUUGUUUCAGAAUAUGUAGCUCGAUCGAUUUCCGCCAUUUCCUUUCGCUAUUUCUUGUGUGUCGUCAUGCAUAACUCUUGUUGCUGUUGACUUGAAGCCAGGUUUUGUACCUUAUCAAGAUCAUCUCUUUUGUUUC